AUGUUCUUCGCCCUUUCUUUCUUUCUUUCUUUCUUUCUUUCUUUCUUUCUUUCUUUCUUUUACACCGUCUUUGAAUUGUUUCUUCACUUCUUCUUCUUAUUAUUUUUCUCCUCCUCCUCCUCCUUCUUCUUCUCCUUCUCCUUCUUCUUAAUCUCCUCCUCUUCCUUUUUCGCCUUCUUUUUCUCCUUCUCAUCUUCCUCCUUGUUCUUGUUUCCCUCCUCCUCUUCUUCUUCUUCUUCUUCUUUCUCGUCCUCUUCCUUCUUCUUCUUUUGCUUUUUUUUAAAAAAAAUCUCCUCCUCUUCUUUCUUCUUCUUCGCAUUCUCCUCUUCUUCCUUAUUCUUUUUCUUCUUUUCCUCCUCGUUCGUCUUCUUCUUCUUCUUCUUCUGCUCUUCCUUUUUCUUUCUCUUCCUCUUCCUUCUCCCUCUUUCUUCUUCUUCAUCUUCUUCUUUCUCUUCCUAUUCCUUGUCCUUUUUCUUCCUUCUCUUCCUCUUCUUCUUCUCCUCCUCCUCCUCUUCUUUUCUACCUACACUUCCUUCUCCCUUUUCUUCUUCUUCUUCUUCUUCCUUGUCCCUCUUCUUUUUCUUCCUACUCUUUCUCUUCUUCUUCUCCUCCUUCUCCUCUUCUUUUUACCUUCUCUUCCUUCUCCCUCUUCUUCUUCUUCUCAUACAGAAAAUGGAAUUUGAAGAAUCUAAAGACCUCAUUUAUUUCCCUUCACAAGCCACUCCCCAAUCAUUAUCCAUCAUUUCCCUGUCUCUACCCUGA